AUGGCACAGAACGGUACUAUUGAAGACGCCAAAGCGCACAAGUUCAACCCGCAUUUCACGCAAGCCGUCAUCAAUGCGACAGGCCCCAAAGCCACGCCGCGCGUGCGCCAGCUUACGACGAGCCUGAUCCAGCACCUGCACGACUAUGCGCGCGAGAACGAGCUCACGGUAGACGAAUGGAUGGCUGGCCUCGACCUCCUCAACGAAGCAGGCCGCAUGUCCGACGACCGUCGCAACGAAGGCCAACUCCUCUGCGAUAUCUUCGGCCUCGAGACACUCGUUGACGAAAUAACCUACAAGCUCGCCUCCGACGCGCAGGACGAGCCGACCGCAACUGCCAUCUUGGGGCCGUUUUGGCGGAAAGAUGCUCCCCAAAAGGCCAUGGGCGACACCAUUGUAUCAGGCAUAGAAGGCAAGGGCGACAGGACAUAUAUGCACGGUACUGUCACGGACUUUCGAACUGGCAAGCCUGUGGAAGGCGCGGUCCUGGAUGUCUGGCACACGGCGCCGAACGGGCUGUACGAGCAGCAGGAUCCAGGGCAGCCGGAGAUGAAUCUCAGAGGGAGGUUCACUACAGGCAAAGAUGGCAAAUACCGCUUCUACUGUUUGAGACCGGUGCCGUAUCCUAUACCUUACGAUGGACCGGCAGGCAAGAUUCUGCAGGCGUUAGACAGGCAUCCGUAUAGGCCGGCGCAUAUACAUUUUAUCCUCACUGCACCCGGUUACAAACCCAUCGUCACGCAGAUCUUCGAUCGAAAUAGCAAGUACAUUGGAGAUGACGCGGUCUUUGCGGUUAAGGAGAGCUUGAUUGUGGACUUUAAGCCGUUCGAGGGGGACCCGAAUGCUGAGUUUGAACUUCCCUAUGAUUUUAAGAUGGCGACGUUUGAGGAUGCGAAGAAGCACUCGGUUGCAGGCGCGACCGAGGUGAGCGGUGCAGUCUAA